AUGAAGAGAAACGGGAGAUCAGCAUCGGAAGAAGAGGGCCUCACAGAAGAAUGGUUGAAAGAGGAAUUGCAGAAUCUGCUGGAGGCUAUGGAAGGGUUGGAAGCCGAGAGAGGAAGAGAUGAACAGUACUGCAGCUGUGGAGUCAGGCUCCCGUUUGCUCGAGAUCAGAUUUGCGUCCAGUGCCAGUGCUGCGCUGCAGGACACAUCGGCCAUCUAUGUGAGUCCCCGAUUUGUUUCGAUCCAGUGAGAACUCCCUCGACAGAGUGUUUGACCGCAUGGGACCUCAAUUUUUGCAGUGGGGAAGAGGCCAUCUGUCUGUCACAGAGUUCAUCGCAGUUUUCUGUGCCAUCGAGUUGCGCGGCCACGAUGUUUCCGGCUAUUGCCUUGCCGGAUGGAGUGAGGGUCAGCUAUGACGCAAAGGUAGACCUUUCUGCAAAUGCCUGGGCUUUCAACUUGGGCGGUGACCCACACUUCUGUCACCGCAGAUGCAUUCUUCUCACACUUCCAAGUGGCGACAUCCCUGAUGAUGUUCGUCGCUCAGAGCUUUUCGUUAUGGCGUCCCAUUGCAAACAUGGGAUGGCGCAUGCAGUUAUUAUGCUGCCGCACCAUUUGGUAGGCACCAUAAGCACUGCCAUUGCAGGCUGCGGGCAGGAGCGCUGGGCCAUGUCUUGCUUCGAAGUUGCAGUGGCAGUUUUCAAGAUUUGCUCUCAAGGUUGGGGUGCGCUCAUAGUGCUUGCAGCAGGAGCGUGGCAGCGUGCUUUUUCGGAGGGACAGGCCGUAGAUCUGCCUCCCUGCCGAGAGUGUUUGCUGAAACUUUUCGAUCCUGCAAGCACUACACAUGAUGGUGCCGUGGUGGUGUGCCACAAUCGCAUCGUGGCAUGCAAGCUGCUCGGGGUCGUUGGCGGGGACACAGAUCAGCAAAGCGGCUUUGGAGCCCGCGGGGCUGCUGCUUUGAAUGUGGCCCGCGAGAUUGCUUGUGUUGCCGUGAUGGUGUCUGAAAGCCGGCGCACGGUUUUCGUUUCUUCUGCUGGGAAACUCGUGAAGAUGGAGACAGCUGAAGCUCUAUUCAAAUUUCUGAUCGCAGGGAUGACAGCGCUGUCCAUGAGUGAGAGCGCGGACACCCCGAGCCCUUCUAGCCCUACUAUGAGAUCCGAAACAGCCAAUUCCCAUGACCGGGAGGCCGACCUGAUGCAGUUUGUCCAGGGCCAGCACGAUCCACUUAGCUGCUACAGCAAGGCUGUCAAGAAUGUGCUUGUUGUCAAGAAGCUACUUCGCAAAUCCGGCAAUGGGUGCAAUCCGAGCGGAAGUAUAUUCGAUUUCCUUUCGGAUGACAAUGGGCCAGGAAUGGGUGUGCAAGACCAGCAAAUUUUAACGUUCAAGGAGGCCUUGUUCAACGAUUGCGAUUCAGACACGGUUCUGACUUCCGGGGAAGGCGGUGCGGCCCUGAAAUGCAGCGUGUACGAAGUGUUAAAAACCUUACAUCCGCAAUGUGAGGACCGCUUGGGAUGGCUGGGUGAUCAGGCCAUACUGCAUGAUGUGCUUCCGGUAUCUGCGCUCAGGCUCGUGGAUUUGAGCGAAGAGGCCGUGGCCCGAUUCCGAUCUGUGUAUUAUGGGCCACUGGAGCAAGCUUUUGUCAACAGCAGGUUUCCCCCGUUGGGAGGUUCUGAGGCGCCAGAGCGGCGUGGCGGCUGCCGAUGCAUCUUCGUGCGUUCUCGAGCUGGUGAGGCAAACAUGAAGAUGGAUCUCUGCGCAGAUGGCGUGGCGAAGCUGCGUGGUCAUCCUAGGUACGUUAUGGACUGGACUGAUAUACAGGACAAGACAUAUCGGAUCUUUGCUUUUGCGCUGCCGUCAGGCUUGCACCCGCUCAGUGUGGAUUGGGAUGCGUUGAAUGGCAGCCAGGACGCGGGGCCAGGGCCAUCAGAGGACAUUUACUUGGAUUUGCCACGGCUCUGGGUUCUGACCCUCGGAUUGGAGGAGUGUUUCUUCAUGCCGAAACUUGCCUUCGUCGACGCCGUCGAAUAUUUUAUCGAACAGAUGAAGCACUUUGUCCCUGCUUGCUCAGCCGAUGCUGCUGCAGAAGUGGCUUCUGCUUGCUUUUAUCUCGCCUCAUUGCGUGUAGGCGCCUUGAUCGUGUGUGGGCCUGCUCCUGCACAUCUGGGUCGCGGAGUUGACAUGAACAUCCGCUGCUGCUACGAAGCGCUGUGUCUGGUCUUUGACCCAUGCGCGCCCACGCACGAUGGGGCAGUGGUGCUCUGUGACGGGAGACUGGUCGCAUGCCGGGCCUUUCGUGCAGCGUCCCAGGAGCUUGCGUGUGAAGACGUCGCUCGGGACAUAAGCCGAGGCAGCCGACAUUACGCCGCUCAGUGCAUCUCCUACAAACUGGGACUGCUGGUGAUUGUCGUGUCCGAGGAAAGGGGUACUGUGUGCGCGGCCGAGGCCGGCUCGCUCUCGCCUUAUGCAUCACCUGGUGAACUGGCCAAGCAUUUGCGGAUCUCGGGCUGUUGCUGA